GGUAAUAGAAAGACAGGACAACCUCUCCCCAGCUUCAGUUUUACAGCAAAACAGACAGGGAGCGACAAAGAAGCGGAGAAGAGAGAGAAAGAGAAGAGGCAUGCAAGGCAUAAAACAUGUUUUUAUUUUUUUCCACUCUUGACCCUCCAAAUUUACUUAAUUCACAUGCGAGCACCUCUCUUUCAUUGCUCUCGAGUUUCUUCUUAGCUUCAGAUAUUUUGACUUUCUCUAAUGGCGGGACCAGAAGCAGAAACAGGACGAGCAGUCCCGGACGUGGAAGCAGUGCUGGAUUUUCUACGCAAAAAUGGUUUAAGGGACGCAGAGUUGGCUCUUAAAGAGGACAUGAUCGAGAGAAGUAAUGAACUGGGCUCCUUCGACUUUGAGAAGUUCUUGUUUGUAUUGCCACCCGUGAGGGUUCCGGCGAGUGUCCGGCCGCUGGAUGUGGAAGAAGGUGGUGGCGCCGUUGAGAGGCUGAGAUCGAGUUCUGGGUCUCCGUCGGACGAUGAGUUUGUUAGCUUGGGGUCUUCUACCAGUGCUAGUGAAGUGUACUCUUCAGAAUUCUCAAAUCCAUAUGGACUUCAUUCCACAUCGCAGGCUAAUUCAGAAACUUCAUCUGACAGGCUCUCUCAGUUUGGCACAGCACGUGAUUACCCAGAUUUCGAUAUGCAAAAUGACUCUUAUUGGUAUGAUGAGAAAGAGGAAGGGCACUUCAUGAGUCCCUGCUUCAAUGGCCCAGACUACUUUGGCUGUCCAAGCGAGGAUAAGUUUGUCAUGACAUCUGAGACUGGGAAGCAAUUUGAGAAUUCCUUGGGCUUGUAUGAUAAAUCUGAAGGUGAAACACAAGGAAACAUCGAUUACUUGGAUAAGCAGUGUCUUUACAAUGUCACAUCUGUGAAUAAUAAAAACGAGGCUCAAUCUAUGAAUUAUCAUCAUGAUUUUGAUAAAAAAAACCAGCUUGAAGGAGACAUUGAUAGGGACGGUAGUUCAGCCCACAAUUGCAAAUUCUUCACAGAAACAGGAGGGAUUUAUGGCAAGAAUUCUGUUGACUGUAUCUAUACGAGCUCCAAGGGACCUGAUUUAGGUGACUUUCAGUUAAAAGUUGGGGAAAGCCCUACUGAUUAUGAUACAGUUCCUGUGCAUAUGGAAAACAAGAAUGCUAACUACUAUGGUAUAAAAGGUUCCAAAAGUGACUGGAUUGAAGGGUUUAAAAGUACCUCUGGCAUUGUAGAAAAUGGAAUUGAUGACUUUGAAGUUGGAGAUGGUGGAGGAGUAAAUGGAGAAGCCCAUGAGCUUGCAGCUGCUAUUGGUGGAGAAGAUGUUAAUGCUAACGAACUUUUGAUGUACUAUAACCAGGAGGAUGAAUAUGAAGUUUUCAAUCUGCGAGUUAUACACAGGAAAAACAGGACUGGAUUCGAGGAAAACAAGGAUCUGCCUAUUGUGCUAAAUACUGUCAUUGCAGGCAGAUAUUAUGUCACUGAAUACCUAGGUUCAGCUGCUUUCAGUAAGGUCAUUCAGGCACAUGAUCUUCAUACAGGAAUAGAUGUUUGCCUGAAGAUUAUUAAAAAUGACAAAGAUUUUUUCGAUCAGAGUCUAGAUGAAAUUAAGCUUCUGAAAAUAGUGAACAAGCUUGAUCCGGCUGAUGAACGUCACAUUCUGCGCCUUUAUGACUACUUCUAUCACCAAGAGCAUCUCUUCAUCGUUUGUGAACUCCUUAAGGCGAACUUGUAUGAAUUUCAGAAAUUUAAUCAAGAAUCAGGUGGUGAAGCUUACUUCACUCUCAGCAGAUUGCAGGUCAUAACCCGUCAGUGUGUGGAGGCACUAGAAUACUUGCAUGACUUGGGAAUUAUUCACUGUGAUUUAAAGCCCGAAAACAUUCUUAUAAAGAGUUAUAGGAAAUGCGAGAUAAAGGUUAUUGAUCUUGGAAGCAGUUGCUUUAAGUCGGACAACUUAUGCCUAUAUGUACAAUCUCGUUCCUAUAGAGCCCCUGAAGUCAUUCUAGGUCUCCCCUAUGACCAAAAGAUUGACUUAUGGUCUCUCGGCUGCAUCUUGGCUGAACUGUGCUCUGGGGAAGUGCUCUUUCCAAAUGAUGCAGUUGUAAUGAUCCUCACGCGCAUGAUUGGCAUGCUGGGUCCUCUUGAUCCAGAGAUGCUGGAGACAGGACAGGAAACGCACAAGUACUUUACAGAAGAAUAUGAUCUCUAUCAUUUAAAUGAGGAGACAAAUCAAGUAGAAUACCUUAUUCCUGAGGAAUCCUCACUGGAACAUCAUCUACAAGUUUCCGACGUUGGGUUCAUUGAUUUCGUGAGAGACUUGCUUGAGCUCAACCCCCUGAGGCGUCCAACUGCAAGGGAGGCCCUAGAGCACCCAUGGCUUUCACAUUCAUACUGAGUCCGAUUCUGACUGAAGUUGUGGAUCGGGAGUCAAUACUCGUGGCUACGUAUUUGUGUCUCUUUCUUGUCUCUGGAGUGCAUGCUUCCAGUACCAGUUUUGGUUCAGUAUAUGCAACCACAUCAGAUAUAUACACGCAUUCUUUUUUUUGUUGAACUCAUAUUUAUUUUGUACAGGAAGUUUUCUUGCAUUUUCUUUUCUUCCUUCACUUGGUGGGGCUUUGUAAGUAUCAUUUGAUUGGGAACAGAAGGACAGUAAUAAAAUCACCAACACAAUGAUUUGGAUA